GGUGUACCAACUGAGCAGUGGCUUGUUGUCCAUCUGCUCUUUCCUUUUUUUCUUUUUUUUUCGGCUUUCUGAUGCCUCUGACUCGCCUGUUUGUUCAUGCAAUUGUGUGGGCGUCAGAGACUGUUGUUUCCCGUAUCUUCUGUCCGUUCUUCUCUCCGAGUAGGAUAAAGAAAGGCAUGCCAUGGAGCCGUGCACGAGGGUUGGUGAACGUGACAGGGCUGGGAGUCUCGAGGAGGGAACGGUGUUGCCAGAGGGGUGGCAGGAGUUGUAUGGGAAUGAGAGGGGUGCUACUCCAGCCUGGUCACGUGGGAAAUUACUUGGAGCUGGAGGGUUCGGGACUGUCAAUCUUGCUGUGAUGAAGGACACCGGUCAUGUGUUUGCUGUGAAGUCUGUGAAAUGCAAUGGUGGUGGGGACAAUAGGCUUGUCGACGAACUGAUAUCGGCAUUGCAUAAUGAGCAUCAGAUCAUGGCAUCACUCUCCUCGCCUUACAUUGUGAAGUGCCUUGGUGCAGACCGGACAUGGGAGGAUGGGAGUGAAAUGCAAAACCUCUUCCUCGAGUAUGUUCCUGGUGGAAGCGUUGUUGAUGUGAUGAAGAAGUUAGGCGGAAAGCUGUCAGAGCCUCUGGUUCGCUGGUAUACCCGUGGCAUUCUCAAGGGUCUCCGAUAUCUGCAUCAGGAAGCAAAAGUUGUCCAUGCUGACAUCAAAGGCCAGAAUAUUCUUGUUGUUUCCAGCAAGUACUACGGAAUUCCGCGUCUCCGCUCAAGUGGCAGAUCCAUCGAGCGCAGAGAGAGAGGGGGUUGGGUAUUAGAGUCCAGAAUCCCCAUCCCGAAUGGAGCUGGCCUUGAUGAUGAAGUGAUAGUGAAGCUUGUCGAUUUCGGGGUUUCAAAACGAGUGGGCGACGACAUGAUCAACGGUCGGGAUUUCCUGUCUAUCCGCCGUUCGACUAGCCUGAGAGGAACCGUCUAUUGGAUGGCACCGGAAGUAGUUCAGCAGGUAGAGCAGGGGCCUCCUUCUGACAUAUGGUCGCUUGGUUGUACAGUCAUUGAGAUGGCCACGGGGAGUGCACCUUGGGCAUUCACUGAUCCAGUUGUGGUUCUGUACAAGCUAGCUUGUGGCGAAGAACUUCCUGAGCUGCCUGGCAAUCUGUCGCCGACUGCAAUUGACUUUCUGCGCAAGUGUUUGAUCCAUGACCCGUCGGCGCGGUGGUCAGCUUGUGAACUGCUCCAGCAUCCCUUUGUCAUGGAGCCCCUUGUGCCUCCGACUCCUCGGCCUUUGAAACUGAGAAUACGAUUUAACGAUGGGGCAGAGCCACCACGAGUGCCUGUUGCAGUGCUUCAUGUCGACUGUCUCGGACGAUCAGGCUUGGUGAAGAACAGGCCAUCUGGCGAUGGAUCAACUGGGUCAGCAGGGAUUGCACCCAUGUCAAGAGAGAAGGAAGCUAAUAGAUCUCUUCAUGGGUUUGUGGAGACAAAUGAUUGCCUCAAUCAGUGGGUGAGGACGAGUGGGAACUGUCACUGGGAGAUUUCCAGUUUUAUGCUCUUUUGCAAAAUGUCUUUGCACUCUUGCACCCAUAUUCUCAAGGAAGUAGAACUCGUAACGAUGCCGCGGCCUGUGGAACCUGUAGAAUCAGUAGAUGAAGUCGAAUGUGGAGGGAAAGAUUAUUAUCCUUCCACUCCGUGCCUCGAUGUGAUGUGCAAUGACAAGAACAAGCCCAAGGACGAUGUCCAGCAGGAACAGACGGCUGCAAUGUCUGGGUAUGUGGGGUUCAGAGAGGGGUGUGUCCGAUCAUGUAAAUCAUGUAAGGCUGAUGAUGCCUGUGUUUCAAAUAGCUUAGCAUGGACGUGGGGUUUCUUAUUGGUGGGAGCGGCUGCGCCAGCCAUAAUAAGUCAGACAGUGCCCCAUGGACCUGACAAGCACGGGAGCAACAAUUUUCAUGACUUCAGAUGCUGUAAAGGUCGCCCUUCUCCUAGUUCUUGCAGACCGCAAAGUGGUCUGUUAGACACUGACCAAAGCGAUUCAUUAUCAGACCCAGACAAAAGUGAUGGCCAAACUGGGAACAAGGCAACGGAUGAUAACAGGUGUUCUGGCCAACUCGUAAGUGAUCGUCCGGAGGCUGAGCAAUGUAAGUCGUUAACAGCCGUGGAGAAUCAUAAUGUCCAAACUGUCGACGACGAAACGGAGGUUGGCAGGUGCGAGGCUGGUUGUUGUGCAGAUCAUGAGUCCUCAGACGUCAGCACCUCCGAUACAGGCUGCCAAUUGAGCACUUCACAAAUUCAAAACCAGCAUGGGUGUGCAGAGGAAGAGCGGAAAGUUUCCAGUACCGAAAGCAUGGGAUUCAAAGACAUGAGAUCAGCACUUCUUGUUCGAGCUGCAUCGUGGACACAGACACUGCGGUUAUGGGGUCUAUGGCCUUAUCUAAAUCUCUUGCUCCCACGGGAAUGCGCCGAGAAGCCCUUGAAGUUGGAUGGAAGAUUCGGUGUUGAUUCACGGGGCUCUUCUUACAGGGAGCUGACGUGAUGACGGGGUUUUGACUGCUCGCUGUGCCCAUCAACUCCUGUAACUGCAACUGAUUUGUCGUCGAUCAUAGUUGUGGCAGUCUUGGGCAUGGGUAAGGUUGGGGGUGCGAGUGGUAGAGCUGCCAAGGUGUCAUCUUCUUUUGGACUCUAACUGUACAUCAGUUACAUAGACAUGGUCGUGCUUGCUUCAUGUGGUAAAUGUGUCCUCGUGUACAUGACAUCCGGCAGGGUAUUUGCCACGAUGACAUUCAUAUGGCCCCAGGAGAAGGGUUGGAUGUCUGCUGCUGGUUACGUAUGGCUAGCUGAAUGGCUGUGAAGAUGCUGCUAUCAUUUUGGCUAUCUUCCAGAAGCACCCGAGCUUCCACUCAAAUCUAGAAAGUUCCGCUCAGUUUGCUUAGUCGCGCCGUUCUAUUUAUGGGAUCUAACCGACUACUUAAACCACCACUACCUUUUGGAGGAGAAGGCUGAGUCGUGAAUAUAAUUUAUGGUCCUAUACCGCAUUCUUCGGAGACCAGGGGCUGGCCGACCAAAAUGGCUGGCGGUGCUAGCCAAACAAGGAUAAAAGGUCGCGCUGGCG